AUGUUAACCUCUUUGAAACAGGUAACACGCUUACCUGAGUUACCUGCCCGUACAUAAUAAGUCAGCUAUCGCGUUGUGUACGUUGUACAUGUACGUUUCGAAAGUACCACGUCUAACAAGUUUAUAUGAAUUUUCGUUUUAAACAUCCGAUAUUAUCGUUUUAUUUUUUCAUUUUUUCCAUUUAUUCGCCUAAAUUAUUCAAUUAUAUUGCCGCGUAUAUAUUUUAGUUCAACGACCGGGUGUUUUUUUCGCGUAUAACGCGAUUUAUUGGUGAUUUUGUGUGAAGUUUUUUUUUUCUGUGAGCAGUCGGAGGCCAGUGCGAUAGGUUACUCUGUCUUAUGUACUAGAAAGUGUCGGAUAUUCGAAUCGAGUUCGAAUGGUGUGGAGGGAAUCGCGACCGAAAUCGUCCUGUAUAACCAAUAUCAUUUUUACCAUUAUGAACCAUAAUGGUAGAAUCAUUAAACUGUGACAAUAUAAAACACCGCAAGGAAACAACGCUUAGUGCCAUUAAGAUGCUGGGCACACCGUACAUGUGCGCCUUCUAUGUAGCCACCGCUGGAUUACAGGGCGCGUCUUUAGGUUCUGAUGAAGAGGAAAUUGUACUAUUAAUAUAUGUCAUAAUAGAUCUGACUCAGAACAAGAUUGUGGGCCUACAGCAAUACAUAGUGAAACCUACAAAAGUCGAUACCAAAGAUAAUAACGAUGAAAGUAUUUUAUCCGAACAAAUCACGACGGAAACGAGCCUCACUGAUGAUCUUGUUAAAAAUGCAGGCGUACCUUUGGAGACCGCCAUUAAACAGUUUGAUGGAUACGUAAAGUCAUUAAAUAUAGAUCCUACAUCACCUUUAUUCCGAUUAGUCACAGAUGGUCAACUACCACUUCGACAGUGCUUGCAUCCGGAAGCUAGUUCAAAAAAUAUAGACUUACCAGAAUAUUACAAUGUCUUUCAUGACCUUAGAAAAGACUUUCGUACAUUUUACAAUGUACCAAAUGAUCAAGAAUUAUCAUCGAUAACUCACUUGGUUAAAUAUUUACGUAUGACCCACACAGAAGAUCCACAAUUUCCUGUAGCAGAAUUAAAAGAUAUGAUUAAUAUUAUUCAAAGGUUAAUAGGCGACGGUCAUUGUUUUAGUACUCCUGAAACCGUUCAAUUAAAACUAGAACCAGGAAUAUGCUGGAAAGACGAAGAAGUAGAUAAUAAUUGCGUAGUUCGUGCCAGAGGAUUACCUUGGCAGUCGUCUGAUUUAGAUAUAGCAAAAUUUUUUAGAGGAUUGAAUGUCGCCAAAGGUGGUGUGGCUCUUUGUUUAAGUCCCCAAGGAAGACGAAACGGCGAAGCUUUAGUAAGAUUUAUAAAUCAAGAGCAUAGAGAUAUGGCUCUUAAAAGACAUAAGCAUCAUAUAGGUAAUCGUUACAUCGAAGUAUACAAAGCCUCAGGCGAGGAUUUCGUCAACGUUGCCGGAGGUAACAAUAAUGAAGCUCAAGCAUUUCUCACUAAAGGAGCUCAAGUUAUCGUUCGAAUGCGUGGGUUACCAUACGACUGUACAGCUAAGCAAGUGAUAGAAUUUUUCGAAGCUGGUGGCGAAGAGUCAUCAUGUAAGGUUAUGGAUGGCGAAGACGGCGUACUUUUUGUUAAAAAACCCGACGGAAGAGCCACCGGAGAUGCUUUUGUAUUAUUUGCGAAUGAAGAUGAUUCGCCUAAAGCCCUUAGUAAACAUCGCGAAUUAAUAGGAACGAGAUACAUAGAGUUGUUCAGAAGUACUACCGCCGAAGUUCAACAAGUGCUGAAUAGAACGAUGGAAUCGACUCAAACACCUGCUCCUCCACCCCUUCCUCCCAUGCCCCCUCAUUUAUCCUUUUUACCGCAACAUGUGAUUACGAGCGGUACGCGAAAAGACUGCAUACGAUUGAGAGGACUGCCAUAUGAAGCUUCGGUUGAACAUAUAUUGGAGUUCUUAGGCGAAUUUGCUAAAAACAUUGUUUUUCAAGGUGUUCAUAUGGUGUACAAUGCCCAAGGUCAACCGUCAGGCGAAGCAUUUAUACAAAUGGAUUCCGAACAAAGCGCGUACACGGCGGCUCAGAUGAGGCACCAUCGAUACAUGUACUUUGGUAAGAAACAACGUUACAUCGAAGUGUUCCAGUGUUCCGGAGAAGAUAUGAGUCUGGUGCUCACCGGGGGCAUACCGGCUUCGAGUGCUCCACUUUCACCGGUCGGCAAAACGUUACUAUCACCGGGUAGUACAAUAAUUGCGACGACCCCUCAUUUCACUCCUGCUCCUGCUGGAUUCGCACCUUUCGGGCCACCACCGGCUAUUCUUGGUCCUAUUUCUGGUACAAGAGCUCCGGCGCCCACUUUUGCUCCACCGUUUACCCCUGUGCUGUAUUGGGCUUGUCCAUCGCCACCGGUAUCACCACCUCAUCAGCCUGCUCUAGUUAUAAUGCAAGGUACGCCACCUCCACCGCCUUAUCCUGGUCAUCAUGAAGUCGCUAAUUUUAUACAUUCGGUAUCGGAGUGGAGCGUUGAUUAUUUGACUCCAAGCCACCAGCUUAGCUCUCUUUCGUUGAAUACCCUAGGUAUGCAUUCUGCGGCAGCUUGAAUAUACAUAAGAACGCCAUUCGUCUUGCCACGUCGUUGUGAUUUAUAGAAUUUAUUUCUCGUCUGAAAUAUUUUCAAAUACGAGCCCAUUGAAGUGAAUCAUUUUAUCGCGCAUAAUUGUGAUCAUCGUUAUCCUUUCUUUGUUUUAAUCUCUUCGUAAUACUAUUUUCCCUAUUGUGUGAAUAAUAAUUAUGAAUAAGUACUUAUGAAACGACAUCGUUGAUAUCUUUGUUUCCUUCUUUGUAUUUUGUAUGUACGUAAUUUUGCCCUUUUUAAAAUAUUGUUAUUUUUAAUUUUAAACGUGCGUAUGAAAUUCGUACUUAGUACUAUAGUUUUAUGCGCAAAUUUCAAAUUAAAAUGACGAAAUACUUUUGAAAGUUAUAUGCAAACUCCUUCGCUAUCGACGUUUUACUAUUUAGAUAGGCCUAUUUAUUUUGUUUUUAAAAAAUAACGAAUAUUUCAUGUGCUAAUUUUUUUUAUAGAUAUCGACUGAGUCGUUGUUUUAUGUAUUUGUAUUUUAUCGCAAUAUUGUGCUUGUGUAUUAUUGCUAGUUAUCUAAAAAGAACGCUCGAAGCGCGAAUUAAUUAAAUAUAAAUCAAAAUAUAUGCAUUGACGAGAUCUGAAGAAUGUUCAAGAGGUACUGAUAUUUUUAAUUAACGAUUCUACAUUAUAACGAAGCUAUAAUUUGUACGUUUCUUUUUUUCUCUCUUUUAACUAGUUGAAGAUCUCAGUAUGAAAUUUUAUUUAUUUUACCAUUACGUAUAAAUGACUAAAUUUCUUAUUAUGGUACGCGAAUGUAAACGUGUACAUGUUACGUUAAUUUUUAGUUUUAGACAAUUUCCACGAACCAAAUAUUUUGUUGUUUAUUGUGUAAGAAUCUUGUUUUUUUCCUCGGUUUGUUUUCGUUGCUAGUUUAUCGUUAUGUGCGUGUGAAAUGAAUUUUAUCAUCUUGAAAACAUAUCAGUAUUUUUGUACAUGUUAAUUAUUAAUUUUUUCCAACACGUAUACCUCAUAAAGACCAUUUUAUUUUGCAGUAGGUAAAAUAUUAAAAUAUAUUGAAAAAAAUCAACGCACUUUUGAACAAACCCGAAAUAAAAAAGUUGCUCGAUGCGAUAUUUUUUUCCGUUUUAUUUUGUUUUAUUUUUAUACUCAUGAGCAUGAAUAUAAAUUUUUGUGCAAUAUUAUAAAUUUUUAUUCUAAGUACCUAAAAUUUGUGUAUACCUAUAUGAUAUUUUUCCAGUUAUUAUUUUUUUAAUAAUUCAUCAUCGUGUGCUGUUUGUUUAGCGUAUAACAAGUCAAGAUUUUUUUUUUAGUUAGAUAGAUCGUGUGUCUUUCUUUUUUUUCUUUUUUUUUUGUUUUUCGUUGCACCAAACGAAUUUAUUACCAUUAGGCAAAUUUCACCGUAUUAGAAAUAUUUUAUAGUAAGCACGUGUGUAGUUUUAGAAAACAUUUUUAGUUCGUUCUGUUAAUUUGAUUUUUAUUGUGAACUACUUAAACAUUUUUAAAUCGUGUUUGGCUAUUUUUUUCUCUUUGAUAUAAAAUUCAAUUACCUUGUAUGUAUUUAUAAUGCAUAACGCUUAAAUCGAUAAGUCAAAGGUAAAAAAAAAGAAGAGAAAUUACUUGUACCGUACCCUGAAAACAAGAACAUCAGAUACGAAAAAAAAAAGAAUCUCAAUUUUAGAUUAAAAUUCUUGAGAUAUUCUCAUUGAGAAACUUUUUUUUCAAGAUCUGACGUCAUUGUGCUCAGAGUGCGGUAUAGCACUACUUAGAUAAUAUUUUAUAUUGUGGUCAUUUUAGUCAUCUCGAUUAUUAUUAUACAUUUUUUUUCUUUCA